UUCGUUACAUGCCUGCCUCCACAGCUCACCCGAUAGCAUCACCACCACCCAUUCCCGCAUCCGGAAGCUUCCUCUCUACCUUGGGAAGGGGUCGGACCAUCGUCUCAAAACCCUUGCUCUCUCAUCAUCUCCGUCCCGGUGGUUGCUCCCCACCGCAUUCUGAAGCCGGUCGCAAUGGGCGGCGUAUCCAAGCUUCAUGUACUCCUCGCGGCGCAACUCCCCCUCCCCGCCGCCGUCCGCGUUGCCCGUCGUUCCGGCGCCCGUCUCACUGUUCUCUCGGCCUCCUCUUCCUACGCUCCCCGCCUCCUCUCCUCCAGCCUACGCUCCCGGCUUUCUUUUACCGUCCGUGGCGCAGCCCGAACCCAUGGCCAGGCCGCCGGCGCCGGACCGGGAUAUAUCGCGGCCACGACCUCGUCGCCGAGCUCCAUCGCAGCCCACCCCUGGCCCGAGUGGUCAAGGCUUGUUGACUUUCUCCUUGCCGGAGGUUAUUACGAUCGUCGGGUUCCAGCAGCUGCUGAUGACGGGGAUGAUGAUUCGCUGUUGGCCGGAGAAGCGCUGACAGAAGAGUUCGUGAAAGCUGCCGAAGCGUGCCUUUUUUUUGCUAGGGAUCGACCUGAUUUGUUGAGUUCGCUAGAAAGGAAGGAUAUUGAGAUAAUUGUGGAGCACGGCUCACCGUUCCUGUUUAAGAAUGGUUCAAAUUCCACCAGGCGGUUGAGGUCAUUCCUCAGUGGCGUCGGAAACAAUGGACUUGAGAUUGAGAGUGCAAAAACUUUUGAUGUCAUGCGGUACUUGUUGAGCUAUGUAUGCAACUCUUCUGCUUGUAAAGAUGAGAUGUACCUAAGAGCUAAACAACAUAUGGAAACAUCAAUCCGCAGUCUGUUGGCUGCAGUAGUCAGCGUGAGCACAGCUGGUGAAGAAGUCAGAUUAUCAGAGUCAACUCCUAAACAAUCUCUUUUAAGGCAACAGUCCACAAGACCUGCUUCACAAAAUACUGAAAUGAAAAGAGGUGACUGGAUUUGCCCAAAAUGUAGUUUCACGAACUUCGCAAGAAAUAUGAGAUGCCUUGAGUGUAAUGACACACGACCAAAAAGGGUCUUGACUGGUGGAGAGUGGGAGUGUCCUCAAUGUGACUUCUAUAAUUAUGGGAGGAACAUGUCAUGCUUAAGGUGUGACUGCAGGCACCCUGGAGAAGCCCCACAAAAUAUUGCUACCACAGGAGUUGGCUUACAGUAUAAUAGAAGCUCAACCAUUCAAAGGAAUGCAGAUCAACCAAGUGGUUUAGGUAGGAUGGACUCUAGUAAAGCCUCUGAAUCGUCAGUGAGCCAGAGACUAGACAGAAUACUUGGUCGCUCAUCUACUUUAUCAGGUUCAAAUCAUCAGGCAGCUCCUGCAGAACUAAAUGAUGAAAUGGGGAACUCUUCGGAAUAUAGAGAUGGAAUACCAAGCGAGAGGAGGGAUUAUGACUCCGUUUCUUCGGAACAUAAUGCAAAUAAUGAUGUGCAACAAUUUCCACUUAUGGAAGAUUCAGCUUCUUCUAUAAGAACACAUUGGCCAAGUGAAUCUACAGAUGAGAGGUUCAAUAGCACAAGAGAGAGCAAGGGUGGAGAUUCCUCUGACACUGCUGAGAAAUGGUCUAAGAAAGUUGCAGAGCUCGACAUUGCAUCUGGUCCUGCCAGUACAGUAUCUGAUGAUGACUUUCCUGAGAUCAUGCCAAUGCGCAAAGGUGAGAAUCGAUUCGUUAUCAGCAAAAAGAAGGAUCGGUCUUUAACGUCACCACAUUACAAGAGACGCAUAGCCUUGGAGCAAGCCAAUAGUUCCAAUUUUGUACCUUUUGUCCCUUUUCCCCCAGAUUACUUUGCAAAAAAGGAUAAGCAUCCUGAAACUUCGCCUACCAAGGAUUCUGCAUCGGAAGGUUUGGCAACACAUGAAAAGUCUCAGACUAUUUCAGAGAAAUUGGAAGAGAAUAAGACAGGAAUUUCUAACUUUGUUUCUAGUGAAAAGACAGCACAGCCACCUGAUGUUCAGUCUACGACCCUAUCUAAUGUUAGCAAGACAUCUAAUGCAAGCCCGUUCGGAGAAAACUUGAAUGAGCAUAAGGCAGGUAAUGUUUAUGAUGGAUCUGCUGUGAUUUCAGCUGGGAUUCCAGGCAACUCAUGGAGUGACGGCAAUAAUAACAGGAACUGGGAACCUCCCAACAGCACACAUGGUGGUGAUGAUGACGCCACUGCAAAGGAAAGUUCACAAAAUGUCAACGAAGGGUUGAGCCCAGCCUCCAGCAGGAAGAGCUUAGAAGGAUCUCUGGUGAAGGAACCUGAUCCGCUUGACAUGUCAGAGGAAGCAAAGGCAGCAAGGUGGUUUCGUCGGGUUGCUCAGAUAAAGGACAUUUCUGAGCUGAGCAACAUUCCUGAUGAAGAUUUCCCAGAGAUCAUGCCAAUGAGGAAGGGAGUGAACAGAUUCGUUGUGAGCAAAAGGAAGACACCUUUAGAGAGAAGGUUGACGUCUCCCCAAUACAGGAGAAAUCUGCCUGUUGUUAACUCUGAUCCAGAGAAAAAUGCCAGCGAAGAAGCUGGUGAAGUGUAGUAUUAGUUUGAACCGAGAAUUUGUCUUAGUGAAUGAUGAUCAUAUAGUGCAUAUUUGUUGCAAUGGCAUGAUUGCAUCAUUGGCCUAUUUUUGUAUCAAAUAGUAAGAAUCAUCUUAAGUUUUCCUUGUGAAAU